ACUCCAACGGGCGAGGCGCAGCGGCACGGCAGGGUCCCCAACCUUCCUGCAGUGCAGAGAUCCACUCAACUCAUGAACCCAUACUGGCAACUGACAACUUCAAGGAUACCGUGAAUGUGUUUAUUAGGAAACAAAAUAGGAAAAUCUACAGACAAACAUUUACUUUGGUUGGAGUAUUUUUUGAAAGAUUUAGGCUAUUUACACAUUUUUAGGAUUUCUAUGGACAGUCAUAUGACCACAGCAAAUGCUCACGAGAAAUAAUAUAAUGAGUACUUUUGACCUUUCUCUUUAACCCUCAAGAUGGAUUUACAAACCCUGAACGAGACCUCUGUGUUCUUGGAGUGUGUGGAAGCGCAAGGUGCUGCGUCAAAUGGAACGCCGAACUCCAGCCUGGAACUCACAAACAUCACCAACUGUGGAAACGCUUACGUGGUCCUCAAACCGCAACAUGUCAAACAGAAAGAGGUGGACUCGCUGCGUAUCCUGCUCUACUCGGUAAUCUUCCUCCUCAGUGUGUUUGGCAACCUGCUAAUCAUUGUGGUCCUGACGGUCAACAAGCGCAUGAGGACGGUCACCAACUCCUUCCUGCUGUCCCUGGCGGUCAGCGACCUGAUGAUGGCCAUCUUCUGCAUGCCCUUCACCCUCAUCCCCAACCUCCUGGAGGACUUCAUCUUCGGGCCCGCCAUGUGCAAGAUAGUGGCUUACCUCAUGGGUGUUUCCGUGAGUAUCUCCACCUUCAGCCUGGUUGCCAUAGCAAUCGAGCGCUACAGCGCCAUCUGCAACCCACUAAAGUCACGGGCGUGGCAGACCCGUUCCCAUGCCUACCGGGUGAUCACUGCCACCUGGCUGCUGUCCUUCAUGAUCAUGAGUCCCUACCCAGUCUUCAGCCACCUGGUCCAUGUCCCCCUGAAGGACAACAUCACCAUCGCACGCAUGUGUCGCCAUAUCUGGCCCCACAGGGAGGUGGAGCAGACCUGGAACAUGAUGUUGCUGCUUACGCUCUUUGUUGUUCCGGGUGUGGUGAUGAUCGUAGCCUAUGGACUCAUCUCCAGAGAGCUGUACCGGGGAAUCCAGUUUGAGCUGGGUCAGAAGACAUCAUCCCCCGGUCUAAAGAAUGGCCUGACCGGCACCGUGUCUUGCGGCAGCGACGACGGCGAUGGUUGCUACGUCCAGGUCUCCAAGCGUCCACACUCCAUGGAGAUGUCCACUCUGACAUCAUCUACAGCGAGCACAUCCAAAGUGGAGCAUGCCCGUAGCAACACCUCAGAGGCCAAGCUCCUAGCCAAGAAGCGUGUGAUCCGGAUGCUGGUGGUGAUCGUGGCUCUGUUCUUUCUGUGCUGGAUGCCACUCUACUGCGCCAACACCUGGAAGGCUUUCCAUCCAGCCUCUGCCCGCCGUGCCCUCUCUGGUGCCCCCAUCUCCUUCAUCCACCUUCUGUCCUACACCUCGGCCUGCGUUAACCCCAUCAUCUACUGCUUCAUGAACACUCGCUUCCGCCAGUCGCUGCUUGCCACCUUCGCCUGCUGCUGUCGCCCGCCCUGCCGACACCAAGGGCUGCGGGAUGGAGAGGAGGACGCAAUGGCUUUGGGGGUGUCCAUGUCCAAGUUUAGUUACACCACAGUCAGCACUAUGGGGCGUGCUGAGGGAGGGACCACUGACUGACUGGGGGACAGGGGAGACAAGAGAGAUAUGUUGUUAUGUGAUCGGUUUAGUCAUUUCUAUAGAGGAAAUCAUUAACCUGUGGUCAGUAAGUAUGGGGGAGAUUAGAUUUGGGCAGUAUCCAGAUUUUCAUACCUUCCUACCAUUCCUGUAUCAUACCGGGGUACAGAUUAUUACCGACAUUGCACACAAGGGGCGCUAGUUAUUUUCAAAAGCAAAAAAACAACACCAACAAAACAUUUAAACAAUUCUUAUUUUUUUACUCAUGAAACAAAUUUGGGCAGCAGGGAUCUUGAUCCAGGAGGGGAUUGAGUUAUUUAACUUAUAGGCAGUGGCGUAGCAUUUAGAUAUUUACGGUAUUCGAAAUCAUACCGUCGGAAUUUCAAAAUACACAGUCUAGAGGGAAAUCAACACAAGACCAUGACUGUAAUGCUAAUGUCAAGACCAAUUGGCUCAGAGAUGUAUUAUCUAGUUAAACUAACCUACCCUAUGUCAAUGGGUAGAUCAAACCUGUAGUCCAUUAAAAAGGGAAAAUACUCAUGAUCCAUGGAGAAUGCAUACCCAACAUACCCAAAGGAAAAGGACAAUUAUACAUUGUUUAAUAGUUGCAAAACAAAAGAAAAUAAUGGAAAUAUAAUAGCACUCUUUUUCAUUAGUAUUUGUCCCAAGUGAUGGAAAACAAUGUUUCAUUCAAUGGUAUAUUUAGCCUAUGUAGUUAUUUCGUUAUCAUCUGGGACUCAUUAAAACAGGAUAGGAUGGGAACUAAUAUUAGGGUGGAAUAAAAGGGUUAUGUGUUGGUAGGGGGGUGUAUUCCUGAAUGAUAAGCUAUGGGGUUGCAGUGCAGUAGCUUGAGGAACAGUAUUAGUAAUACCAUUUGCAAAGCUUCUACUUAUUUUCACAUUGCUUUGGGUUUUUACAAUGCUGAUUAUGUGCUUAUUAUUAGUGUUGUCAAUGUCCUGAUGAUGAGAAACUCUGUUGUGGACUAUAAGUGCGUGCCUGUAAAUGCUGAUCUUUCUUCGAGCAUCAUCUGUUUGCUGUGCUGUGGACUAUGUAUUUCAUGACGGACAUUGUAAAUACGGUGUUGCUACAUCAUGGUCUUAGCCAGACUGGAUUGGAUGUGGAUUGGAGGCCAGAGUCAACUGCGACCAAACCAACCCAACCUUACCGAAGACAGCAGCGAUAAUGAAAGUAAGUAAUGUGGGGUAUUAGGGAGGUACUGUUACUGUAUAUUUAGGCAGUCUGGAUCCAGCUCAUUUGUAAUCAUGGUAGACUGCCUUUGUCUCUUUUAGAGGUGCAUCCUUACUUUUUCAAAAACAGCUUGUUCUCUGCAGAAAACUGAUGACACAGCAACUUGUGUUGCAUAUCAAUGACCUGUUGUGUACAGUGUAUGUGCUCUGUUGCCAUCUAAAGCGCCAUGGUGUUCAUGUAUCCACUGCACUGUUGGUGUUUGUGUUGCUGCUAACAGGGUGUGUAAAGUUACUCAGCUGAGCAGGGGAAAGGUUCUGCAGACAUUACUGAUUGGCUUCAGCGUCAUCUAAACUGUCAAAAAUGUCCUGUAAUUCAUACAGUAAAAUACUGGCAGCACAGAAGCCUGUAGAUUUACAGGACCUUUACUAAAAUACCAAUUUACAGCAUAUUACUCGAACACCUGACUACAGCAACAUGCUGUAUUUCUAGAAUCUACAGUGUAUUUCUGGAAGCAUAGUGGUUAGUAACCUGUUGCAGAUAUACAGUGCAGGCAGCUAGUACCAACGAUGGGCAGUAUUUCUGUAACAUGUAUUUGAUAUAGGUAUUUCAAUACCUAUUUUGUAAUUUGUAUUUCACUGGCCUGAAGUACAAUUCAUGUAUUUUCUAACAGUUUAAUUAGUUGCCCGCUUAACUACAACAACAUUCUCGGUAAAGGUAACAUCAUCUUUUUACUUGCUAUGACUGUGUAUAUGUGACAAUAAAACAUAUACAUUGAGUGUACAAAACAUUAA